AUGUACUCCUAUAUUUCAGUCUAUUGGUAUUGUGGUUUAGAAAAUCAUAAACUUGAAAUAACUGAUAUUGUGGAUGUAUUGCAGUCACUACCGAAUACAGAAGUUUACAACCUCUUAACUAUUCUUAUGGACUGGAUCUCAGAUGAACACCUUAGCAAAACAGGAAUACAGGAAAACUACACUCUGGUAAACUGUAAGAAGCUUUUGCCUAUGGUCACUGGACAGCUCCAGUGGAUGCCAUUUGUGGAUCCUAACCUACAUAUGCCUGUGAUUCAAUUUAUCUACUGGUCUCUAAGGCAGCUAGACACUGGUAUUCAGCAUGAAAGCAUGAUAUCAACAAUGGAGAGACUUGGAGAACUUUGUUUCAAAGGUGUCAUAGAUAAGGGAAACCUGCAAAAACAGUCUAAACGAAGUAAACCAAAACGCGCACUUUUCUUUAGAAGCCCCUUUAUGCCUUUGAGGUUUCUGUCAACUUUAAUUGUGCUUGUAACAGCAAAACGAGUGAAUUACCUGACUCAGGCAUUUCAAUCCCUUUGCGUGGACUUGAAGACAGAUGAAGGAAAGACCUUAUUUUUGCAAUACGAAUGUGUGCCUGUCAUGCUAAGCCACUUAAAUAUAUCCAGAAAACGUCUCCUUUCUGGUGCUCUUGAUGCACUAGUUGAGAUGGCCAUGAACUCUAAAAAAAGUGAGUAACUGAAAAAAAUAUAUAUCAAGUUAUGAUGAAAAUAGGUGAGAUAAGCAUAAAUACUAAAUAAAAAAUAACGUGAUGCUUCUCUGUAAAUAAACUAACCUAGCAUUAGCAUUCAUUUGUGUCAUCUAAAUUCAUUAGAGAUAUAAAAUAUGUUUCUGAAUUGUCCGUCUCUUCUCACUGUCAGCAUCUGUGCUUUACAUAUUGUCCUGGUUGCUUUCUUACUGGUGUGAUUUUUUUUGUUAUUAUAUUUAGUUUAGCUUUUCUGUUUAUUCCACUGGUUUACCUUGCUGAUAUUUUGCCAAUGAGUAUUUUUGUUUUGAAGUAAGGCUGUGCCAGGGCAGCCAUUUCAUGAAAUGCUGUUAGCAGGUGGAGAUUAAAAAAAAAAAAAACAAACAACUUUUAUCUUUUUUUCCCCUAAUAUGAGCAGCUCACCCCUAGUCAUUUUUCACUUUCAGAUAAUUGGAAAUGGCACAUCUGUAAGAGACAGUUAUGAUUCACUGAAUUGUACUGUGGUGUGGUCCUAUAAAAGGGUUAACAGUCUUUGUUCACAGUGCUUUUCCAGGUGAUACAAGCAAAGAAUCAUUUGAUAACAAUCUGGAUGAAUGCAAAAGUAGUGAGCCAUUUCAGUGUCAUGUGGAGUAAUCCUUGUUACUUUUCUUAAAAU